AUGACAGGGCCCCAGGCCCUCGCGCUGCUGCUGCUGCUGCUGCUGCCCGUCCUGCUGGGCUGGGCCGGCGGCCACCCCGUCCCCAGGACGAAGAGCUUCCACAAGCUGCUGCUCAUCUCCUUCGACGGCUUCCGCUGGGACUAUGACCAGGACGUGGACACCCCCAACAUGGACCGCCUGGCCCAGGAGGGGGUCAAGGCCAAGUACCUCACGCCGCCCUUCGUGACCAUGACCUCCCCAUCCCACUUCACCACCAUCUCGGCUUCUGCAGCCAACACCAACUUCCCCCAGGACUGUGAGGUCUGUUCCAGGAAGCAGAUCCAAUCUGGCAGCAACAUUCAUAGAACUCACCAAUACCUUCCCUCCUUUAUUCAUCCCCAAGGUCGCUGGAUCGAAGAUCACGGAGUCAUUCACAACAUGAUGUUCAACACAGAGACACUCUGGAAGUACUCCUUCAAGACCACACAGAACAAGACUGAGUGGUGGGACAAUGGCGUUCUCCCCCUCUGGAUCACAGCCCAGAGACAGGGGAGGAAAACAGCGUCAUUCCACUAUCCCGGGGGAGGCGCCAAGUACCAAGGGGAGGCUGUCCAGCGGUCCCUGGUGGAGUCGUACACCCACCCCAAUGGCAACGAGACGGAGUGGAGACAGAACAUUGACAUUGUCAUGAACUGGUUCACCAAGGAAGACUUUGACUUCGUGACCCUGUACUAUGGAGAGCCGGAUAACGUGGGACACCUCUACGGACCUGACACAGAGAAGAGGAGGGCAAUGAUUCAGCAAAUCGACAGAACCAUCGGGUAUCUGUUGGAAGCCAUUGGGAGGCACAGCUUGACUGAGCACCUCAAUGUCAUCAUCACGUCAGACCACGGCAUGACCACCAUGAAAAAGAAACCCAACAUCACCGAGAUCCUCCUGAGCAACUACAUCAGCUUCAAGGACUUGGUCCAGUUUGACAUUGUGGACUAUGGUGGCUUUGGGAUGCUCCUGCCCAAACCGGGGCAAGAGGAAGCCGUUUACCAAGCGCUGAAGAACGCUCAUCCUCACCUCAAUGUCUACAAGAAGGAGGAAUUUCCAGAACGCUUCCAUUUUGCCAAACAUGAGCGGGUCCUGCCGAUCGUGAUGUACGCCGACUCUGGUUAUAGCAUCAGCGGGCGAAUUAUACUAUAUUUCAACAAAGGAGAUCAUGGUUUUGAUAAUGUCUACAUGGACAUGAAGACUAUAUUCAGAGCUUUUGGGCCUGAUUUCAAGAAGAAUCACCUGGCUGAGCCUUUUGACAGCAUCCACAUCUACCCCCUCAUGUGUAAGCUCCUGGGGGUUACCCCUGAGCCCCACAAUGGCUCCCUGGCAGUCACCCAGGAAAUGCUGGUAGACACUUACGACCAGCAAACAGGAGCAGAGAUGAAGAGGGCAUCUGCUCUCCAAAACACAGCAAUCGGUCUCACAGUUGUCACAGGAGUCCUUGUGGUUCUGUUUGUCGCUAGUGUGACAUUCACAGUCUUUUGUCGGAAAAAGAUGCAGAGAGCUGACCAAAACAGCACAAGUGAGCCAGUACGCAUGACCGGGCUCUAACAUCGUUCCUUCAGGACCAAGAUCCAAUCAUCUUACAUCAGAUGUUUCUACCCCAGGAUGCUGUAACUCAGGAUUUAUGCAAUGUCUCAGACUCAGAAACCUUUAAUUCCUUGUAAAAACACAGUGAUAACCACAG